AUGAACAGUGUGCACGCCAAAAUAAAAGUUUGCCAGUAUUCAGAUGAGUACUUGCUGUUUGGGUUCAUACCAGCGACUCAUGAUGAAAGGUUGCCUUUUUGUCUGUUGUGCCACCAAUGUUUGACUAAUGAAUCCAUGAAGAGAGGUCGUCUCGAAAAUCAUUGGAAGGCAAAACACAGUUUUCAUGUUAAUUCAAAACUGGAGUAUUUUAAAUCCCUAAAGGAGAAGUUUGAAAAAAGAUCCACAAUAAAUUCAUUGUUCUCUGCAAGAAGUGCAAGCAAGGAUCGUGGUCUUGAGGCUAGUUAUGAAAUUUCUCUUCUCAUAGCAAAAUGUGGCAAAAAUCAUACAAUAGGGGAGAAUUUAAUUAAGCCCGCAAUAUCAACUUUUCUGAAAGUAGUUCUUGAAAAAGAUGACCAAGAUCUCAAAAGCAUGCCGCUCAGUAAUAAUACUGUUAGUAGCAGGAUUGAUGAAAUGAGUUGUGAUGUAGAAGUACAACUUGUUGAAAAAUUAAAAUAUACAAAUUUUUCAAUACAGUUGGACGAAUCAACUGUAAGAGAUAGUGAAGCUCUGUUAAUGGCCUAUGUAAGAUAUGUUGAUAAUGGAGAAUUUAUUGAGGAUAUGCUAUUUUGCGAAGCAUUAGAAACCACCACUAUUGCAAUUGAUAUAUAUAAAAAAUUAAAAACAUAUUUAGAUGAUAAGCAGAUACCAAUGGAGAACAUUAUAUCUUGUUCUGCAGACGGUGCUCCAGUGAUGAUGGGCAAGAAAAAUGGAGUUUUAAAAUUAUUGAAAGACGACAAUCCCCAAAUGUUGUUAGUGCAUUGUGUUAUUCAUAGACAGAAUUUAGUUUCCAAAAAAGUUUCCCCUGUUCUAAACGAGACAUUGAAUGCAGUUAUAAAAUGCAUCAACACUAUAAAAGCUAAUGCCAAAUGUGAGCGUCUUUUCAAACAAUUUUGCAAGGAUCAAAAUGCAGACUAUGUAAGAUUAUUACUUCAUACUGAUGUAAGGUGGUUAUCAAAUGGGAAUUGCCUGAAAAGAUUCAUGGAAUUAUUUGAUAUUCUUAGUGAGUUCUUGGAUGACAAACCUUAUAUGACUCUGUUACUGACAGUUGAUGGUAAAGCACUUGUCAGUUAUUUAGCAGAUAUAUUUGAAAAACUCAAUCUCUUAAAUAAGGAGCUCCAAGGAACAAAUAUGACUCUUGUUAAUUCAAAGGCCAAGAUAUUUGGCUUUAUAUCAUUUCUGGAAUUAUCCCAAGAAAAUAUUUCUGUCAAAAAAUUUGAACAAUUUUAUUGGCUGAAUAAAUGUGAGGUAACAGAUGCUACUUGUCUUGUUAUUGUGGAGCACUUAAAAAAAUGGUAA